AUGCCGCGAUUUCUCACUCCGGCCCGCAUAACACUCCUGGUCAUCAUCUACCUCUACCAAUCCGAUCAAGUGUCAACGACAUCCAGCCGAGAUGUGAUCUACUUCAUCGCCUGCCGCACUGCUCUGGCGUCGGAGUACGAUGUUGGCACAGUCGAUGAUCGCAAUUCUCUCUGCUCUUCUGAGAUCCAUAGCAUAGCCGAGAGCCUGCAGCAAUGGAGUUCGAGAGUUCCAGGUCGAAGCAUGUACGAUGUAUUGCUGCAAGCUUUGUGGUCAUUGGAAGGCCUGGAUUCUUUACACACGUUGAUCAGCCAGUUGAGGCGAACGACGGAGACUCGAGGGUUGAUAGAUGAAGAGACUGGAUGCAGACCGGUCACGCCUUCUUCUCCCCUCGGACAAUUCCUUCGACGAAGUCAUGUCGAAUUCACAAGAUUGCAAUUCGCAGACUCACAGAAUCUGUGGAAGGCCUUUGCGGCGUCUCGUGCUCCUACGUUCGAUGAGUGGGGAGCGAGGAAUCCCGAGCAAUGUGCUGAGUAUCUGGAGAAAGAGAGCUCUGUGGAUAUGCUUGCGCUUUCACGAAUCUCCACACUCAGGGUUUCGGAAUCUGCCUCGGACGCCAGUGCUUUUGACACGGACAUGCUUCUGGGAUUCACGAUCACGCAGCUGCAGAAGCUAGGAGCACGAGUUCCCGACGAUGUCAAGUCACGAUUGGAGACGUGGAUUGGCCACCAGGCUGAUUCGGGCACUCAAUCACUGCACUUCUUCAUGGCUUACUUCGAGCACUGGAGGGCUGGGCAGUACAACAUGGCUCUGGAGAGUCUGCAUCGGUAUUUUGAUUACUCUCUCACCUCUGGGUCAGGUGGAGACAAUAUGAAGGUGUUUUACCAGUAUGCACUGCUCCAUCUCAGCGUGCUGCAUGCGGACUUUGAAUGUUGGGAUGAAAGCGUGGAUGCGAUGAAUGAGUGUAUUGCAACGGCACGGGAGAAUCAAGACUCUGCAUGCUUGAACUAUGCACUGUCCUGGCUUCUACACCUGCGACAUGCCCACCCGGACCAAGACCACUCCUCGUAUGGAAGCAUCUCCGGAGUUGUGGGUAGUGGUGGUGGCGAGCAGGAUGAGAUCACUUUUCUCAAGACCAAGGCUCGAGAGGGCAAGCAUUGGCUGUUGCUGAGCGGCACUUUGCUGGAAGAAGCUCGAUUCGAGAUGUUCAGUGUAUGUUGUUCGGCUGAUGGGCUCAGACCUAGCUGUGCUGACAGUCUCGCAGGGAGGCAACGCAAGCCGUGCGCACGAACACAUCAUCCAGGCGAUGUACCUCAACACACAGCACAACUUACUUUCAUCCGCCUCCGCAGCAUCACUUUUCCACGGCGCAGGGUUUGA